CGCCGAGCAGGGGCAGCUUUUUCCAAUCGAUGAUCUCAACUGAAGUUUCCUCUGUCAGCCUCAUGAAAAGACUGAAGAAAGUCCUCGACAAUGACAAAACCGUCGCCUAGUUCGAGCUUUGUCGAAGUCAGCGGCCACCGAGGCGCCAUUUGAGCCCCGACGAUGCGGUUCAAACAAAGAAGGCUGUGAUUUGCGGUCUCGGUGGUUUUGUGCGCCGCUCCUGCCAGCCAGGGCUGGGUCCCGUUACAGUUGUGAGUCGGCGGCUCGCCAAGAUGUCUAUGGAGGAGCAGGAAUAUCCCGAAGGGGUUCUGGUGACAGAAGCCGGGCCGCAGUGGCUCCGAGCCGAAGUCGAGCGUCUUACCCGGGAGCUCCGCGAGACGACCCAUGAGAAGAUCCAGGCGGCGGAGUACGGGCUGGCGGUGCUGGAGGAGAAGCAGCAGCUCAAGCAGCGAUUUGAUGACUUGGAGACCGAGUACGAGUCGGUCCGACAGGAGCUGGACCAGCUGAAGGAGGCCUUUGGACAAGCUCACUCAACCCACAGGAAGGUGGCGGCAGAUGGGGAAAGCAGGGAAGAGUCACUGAUCCUGGAGUCUGCCAGCAAGGAGGCUCUCUACCAGCAGAAGGUCCUCGAGUUACAGAAUGAGCUCCGACAGGCCAAAGCCUCCCUCUCCAGUGCACAAGCUGAAAACGACCGCCUCUCAUCCAUUGCCCUGGAGAUGAGAGAGAACUCCGAUCUGGCAGAGCUGCAGCGCGGUCAGCUGCGAGAUGACAUCAGAGAGUACAAGGUUCGGGAGACUCGGCUGCUGCAGGACUACAGUGAGCUGGAGGAGGAGAACAUCUCCCUGCAGAAACAAGUGUCUGUGCUGAGACAGAACCAGGUGGAAUUCGAAGGUCUAAAACAUGAGAUCCGUCGCCUGGAGGAGGACUCCCAGUGUCUGCACAGCCAGCUGGAGGAGGCCAUGCGUCUGAGAGAAAUCGCUGAGCGGCAGCUGACGGAAGCUCUAGAGACCAUCAAGACGGAGCGUGAGCAGAAAGCCACGCUGCGCAAGGAGCUCUCCCACUACAUGACCAUCGGCGGUUCUGUGUACAGCAGCUCCUUCAACAUCUCACUCGACAGCCCUAAACUCCACGACGACCCCUCCGCCAUCACUGAACCCGACAACGAUGACCUCAUUAGAGGCUUCGAGAACGGCUUGGUCAAGGCAGGUGAGAGCGAUGAAGACAACAGAACUGCAGCGAACAAGAGAGGAGAGGCCUUGAAGCCGGCUCCGAGCCUGGUGGACGACUUGCUGAGCGAGCUCAACAUCUCGGAGAUACAGAAGCUUAAACAACAGCUCGGGCAGGUUGAGCGGGAAAAAGUGGCGCUGCUCAACUCUCUGCAGGAGAGCCAGAAGCAGCUGGAGCAGGCCUAUGGCACCGUGUCUGAGCAGAAGGAAACCGUCAACAGGCUGACUGAAAAUCUAAGUGCAAUGAGGAAGCUGCAGGCCAGUAAGGAGCGCCAGUCUGCCCUCGACAGCGAGAAAGACAGGGACAGCCACGAUGACGGAGACUACUACGAGCUGGACAUCAACGGACCCGAGAUCCUGCAGUGUAAAUACACGGUGGCAGUGUCCGAGGCCGGGGAACUGAGGCAAGAGCUGAAGACGCUGAGGGCGCAGUAUGAGGAGUGUCGCACCCAAUAUGAAGACGAGCGAGCACGGUUGGAGAGCGAUGUCCAGGACUUGAGGUCAAAGCUGUUGUCCUUGGAGAAGACCAGCCAAGCGGAUAAGGCGGAGGUGGCUCGUCUGGAGAAGGAGCUCCGUCUGGUCAGCGAGGCUGCAGGAGAAUCCCUUGGCAGCCUUAACGUGGCUCAAGAUGAGCUCAUAGCGUUCAGCGAAGAGCUGGCCAAUCUCUACAACCAUGUGUGCAUGUGCAACAAUGAGACUCCUAACCGGGUCAUGCUCGACUACUACAAGGAAGGCAAGGCUCUGGUUAGGAGGGGGCAAGAAGGGAAAGAGCACCAGUCUGUGCUUCUCACUAACGGCUUGAUCAGUGAGACUGAAACUGGAAAGUCCAACAGCACCACAGUUUCUGCAGCUCCAGAGCACCGGCCAGAACCCAUGAAUAUCUACAACCUCGUAGCCAUCAUCAGGGACCAGAUCCGCCAUCUGCAGCAGGCGGUGGACCGCACCACGGAGCUGUCACGGCAGAGACUUGCCAAUUUGGAGCUGAGCACAGUGGCAGACAAAGACAAAGAAGCUUGCAUGGAAGAGAUUCUCAAACUGAAGUCCCUGCUCAGCACCAAAAGGGAACAGAUUGCCACGCUCAGAGCUGUGCUCAAGGCUAACAAACAGACGGCUGAGGUUGCUCUGGCAAACCUUAAGAGUAAGUAUGACAGCGAGAAGGCCAUGGUGACUGAGACCAUGAUGAAGCUCCGCAAUGAACUCAAGGCUCUGAAAGAAGACGCUGCUACAUUCUCCUCGCUUCGAGCCAUGUUCGCUACAAGAUGUGACGAGUACGUGACCCAGCUGGACGACAUGCAGAGGCAGCUGGCUGCAGCCGAGGACGAGAAGAAGACGCUGAAUUCUCUGUUACGUAUGGCCAUACAGCAGAAACUGGCAUUAACUCAGCGUCUGGAGGAUUUGGAGUUUGACCACGAGCAGGCGCGCCGCAACAGCGCCACAGCGGGAGGCAAGGCCAAAUCAAAGGGCAAAGGAGCCUCUUCUAACCAUCAUUAAAUCAAGCCAAGUGUCCUUAAGGAGCUCCGUCAGAGUGCAUCCUGUCCUCCCGGUUCCUUCACUCCGAUCACGCUCCCAAUCAUGUCGAUGCUAGCACAGUAUUUGCCAAGAGUCUUGUUUUCGAGUGCCAAAACAAGUAUAGAAAGUUCCUGAAAGUUCGUUCAAACCAUGUGACUGUCAGUCAUCCGUCUUCCAACCACCACUAUGAUCACUGAACCCGAGGAAGAAGCAAGAUGGACGCUCGACGGAUGACUCGUUGCCUGUGUUACCCUGACUGAGCACUUUUUGAUGUACUUAUUUGCUCUAAUAGGUGAAAAAAAAUCAUGCUAAUUGUUUCGAGUAUUAUUCAACAGUGAUGGCGUUUUCUCGGCAUAUCUUUAUUUAUUUCAUAGCAACAAAGCUGGUGAUUAGGUUAGCUGUUAAAAAAAACUUUACUGUUACUGGUUCAAAUCACACAAAAGAGACAAAUAAGCUUCCCUGCCUUCGUUGCCCUCUGGCCUUAGAUUUCUUUUUUGCCUUUCUACCAGAUUUUUUUAUAAGCAUGUUCAGCUAAUUUAAAAAAAUAUUACUGUCACUCAUGGAUCCUGCAAAUGCGGAGCUUCAGAUGAGUGUUUUAACCACAUUGUGUAUAACUGCUCCGUAGACGAGGGAGAGCUGUUACGGUGGAGGAAGAGUAUUACAAUGCAAAUCUUAUUUAAAGAUUUAUAAGUUAAGGUCAGAUGUUAAUAGUAUUCAUACACUUUAUUCAUGAAGGAGAGUUUUUAAUUGUUUUAAUACAACUUUUUGUAAACCUUUUUAAGUCCUAUAAUAAUAAUAAUAAAUCUGCAGUGCCAUGUUGUGUUUUGUUGAUAUAAGUGCAAUUUGCAAACAUGGCGAGAAAAUAACUAAAUGUCUUGUGCUGUGUAUAAACUGUUUUACAUAUUGUCGCUCACAUCCGUGGUCCUCAUGUGUUUUUACUACAAGUGCGUAUUGUAUUUAUUUGACUCUGUUCAGACGACGGGAUUCAUCGUCCUUUUGGUUACGCGAGGGAGUCUGAAUUUAGACUGAACUGUGGUUUAAAAAAACAACACUAGCAAAACUCACGACUCCAGUCUCGGCUUCCAGUUAUUGUUGGUGUAAAAAAAAUAAAUCUAACUUUCACAAUUCACAGGUGUUUGUCAUUUUCAAUGCAAAACAAGUCACCUGCCUUUUUUUUUAUUGCAAUAAAGCUUUAUUCUGUCACUGAAA